AGUCGUGCCUUUGGCGCCCCCGAGCAGCGAUGUUACCGGGCCUAAGAUGCCGUCUCUUUGGCUGUCCGCGGGCGGCUGCAGCGGCUCUCGGCCGUGCUUAUCACGGCGACAAAGUGGCCACGGAAAAUUAUGAGCGAAUGAAAGCUUUAGUAACAGACUUGAAAAGACAAUCUGAAAAAAUUAGAUUAGGUGGUGGAGAGAAAUCACGGAACCUGCACACAUCAAGAGGCAAAUUGUUACCUAGAGAGAGAGUUGACAGACUUAUAGAUCCUGGAUCGCCAUUCCUGGAGUUCUCCCAGUUUGCAGGUUAUCAGCUCUACGGUAAUGAAGAAGUGCCAGCAGGAGGUAUCAUUACAGGCAUUGGGAGAGUAUCAGGAGUGGAGUGUUUGAUUAUUGCCAAUGAUGCUACUGUCAAAGGUGGAACCUAUUAUCCAAUUACUGUAAAGAAGCAUCUCCGUGCUCAAGAAAUUGCAAUGCAAAAUCAUCUUCCUUGUGUAUACUUAGUUGAUUCAGGAGGCGCCAACUUGCCUCGUCAGGCAGAAGUGUUUCCUGACCGUGAUCACUUUGGUAGGAUUUUCUAUAAUCAAGCAGUCAUGUCCUCCCAAAGAAUUCCACAGAUUGCAGUAGUUAUGGGCUCAUGCACAGCUGGAGGGGCUUACGUCCCAGCAAUGGCCGAUGAAAGUAUAAUCGUUGGAAAGCAGGGAACAAUAUUUUUGGGUGGACCUCCAUUGGUAAAAGCAGCAACUGGGGAACAGGUAUCAGCAGAGGAUCUUGGAGGUGCUGAUCUUCACUGCAGGAAAUCCGGUGUAACCGAUCACUAUGCUUUGGAUGAUAAUCAUGCACUCCACUUGGCGAGAAAAAUAGUGAGAAGUUUGAAUUACAAAAAGAAAGUUGACAUAACAGUAGAACCCUCAGAAGAACCUUUGUUUCCUCCAGAUGAAUUGUAUGGCAUAGUUGGAGAACAGCUUAAAAGAAAUUUUGAUGUCAAAGAGGUCAUUGCUAGAAUUGUUGAUGGAAGCAAAUUUGAUGAAUUUAAGGCCUUAUAUGGGGAUACAUUAGUCACAGGAUUUGCUCGGUUAUUUGGUUACCCAGUUGGAAUAAUUGGAAACAAUGGUGUUCUUUUUUCAGAAUCAGCAAAGAAGGGCACACAUUUUAUUCAGCUUUGUUGUCAGAGAAAUAUUCCCAUUAUAUUUUUACAAAACAUCACAGGAUUCAUGGUUGGUAAGGAUUAUGAAGCUGGUGGUAUAGCAAAAGAUGGAGCCAAAAUGGUAACUGCUGUAGCAUGUGCCAGUGUGCCUAAAAUAACGGUUAUUAUUGGAGGGUCCUAUGGUGCUGGAAAUUAUGGGAUGUGUGGAAGAGCAUAUAGUCCAAGGUUUCUUUUUAUGUGGCCGAAUGCUCGGAUCUCUGUGAUGGGAGGAGAACAAGCUGCAACUGUUUUAGCUACAGUAGCCAAGGACCAAAAAGCAAGGGAAGGGAAGCAGUUUUCUGAAGAGGAAGAAAAAGCUCUGAAAGAGCCAAUAAUUCAGAGGUUUGAAGAAGAAGGAAACCCUUAUUAUUCUAGUGCACGGUAAGUACAGAUGAGGGUGACAGCUUGACUUUAUAUGUGUAACAGCUUAAAAAUAUUUUUAAAGAGUGGCUGGAAAAGGAAGCUAGACAGCCAGCUGGCUGGCCUAAGCCUUCUGAAUGUUGGAAAAGCUGAAGAGAUAAUAUUUCUCCUGUCCAUUAGUGAAACUUUGGUUAAGAUUGAUCUUGUAACUAAAUGUAAUGGAAUGUGAGGAAAACCUUGUGGGACAGGGCAAAAAGGUGCUGCCAAGGGAACAGUCAGAUAAGAGAUAGCAUGACAGGGCAAGAAGCUCAGAAGAAUAGAAUAGAAUAGAAUAGAAUAGAAUAGAAUAGAAUAGAAUAGAAUAGAAUAGAAUAGAAUAGAAUAGAAUAGAAUAGAAUAGAAUAGAAUAGAAUAGAAUAGAAUAGAAUAGAAUAACCGAGUUGGAAGGGACCUUGGAGGUCUUCUAGUCCAAGCCCCUGCUUAGGCAGAAAACCCUACACCACUUCAGUCAAACGGUUAUCCAACAUCUUCUUAAAAACUUCCAUUGUUGGAGC